GGCCGAAAUUAGUAGUUUAGAUUAGAUGUGUGUAAUGAAAUCCAGAGUCUAAGCGUCACUUGUUCCUCUCCAUUCAUUUGCAGUGGUUUGUAGGUUAGAGUUAGAAUAGAAUGCAACAUAGGAAAAACAAUUUGAUUUACACUUGCAUCUGUCACAUGAAUGCAAUAACAACAACAUAUGGAAACAAUUUGGUUCUCUUGAACGAAUGCACGAGGAUGCCAUCAAAUUAUUUGUAUCCUCAAUAUUUUUUUGAUUCAUACAAAACUCGUAUUCUUAACAAAUUCUCAUAAUCAUCGUUCUAAUUUGAAUAUUAACUAUUUCAUUAUAAUUAUAUCAUAAUAAUAAUCAAUAAUAAUGUCGGGAGGAGGAGGAGGCGGUGACGAAAGGCAGCUAGAUGUAACUCCUACAUGGGCUGUCGCUGCGGUUUGUGCAGUUAUUGUUAUUAUUUCCAUAUCGUUAGAAAAACUCAUACAUAAAAUCGCAAAGGUGUUUGAAGAGAAAAAGAAACAUGCUUUGCUAGAAGCUCUUGAAAAGAUUAAAGCCGAGCUUAUGGUUUUGGGAUUUAUUUCUUUGCUUUUAACAUUUGGGCAAAACUACAUAUCAAAAGUUUGUAUUCCAACGAGGUAUUCAAAUACUAUGUUGCCAUGUCUUCCCUUGGAUCAACGACAAGCUGGUCAUCCAAGUGAGCCGGCACAAACGGGACAUGAGCCUCCAACAACGGGACAUGAGCCUCCAACAACGGGACAUGAGCCUCCAACAACGGAACAUGAGCCUCCAACAACAGAACAUGAGCCUCCAACAACAGAACAUGAGCCUGCACCAACAGAACAUGAGCCUCCACCAACGGCACAUGAGGCACCGGCCGAGGAGGCUGAGCCGUCUAAAGGCGAACAUCAUCGCAGACUCUUAUCAUAUGAACGUAGGGUUCUCUCCGGUGGUGGUGGAGGACACGGAUGUAAAUUGGGGUACGUGCCUCUUAUAGCAGUGAAUGGGUUACAUCAAUUACAUAUUUUCAUUUUCUUCUUGGCAGUCUUCCAUGUGAUAUACAGUGCCAUUACAAUGACACUUGGUAGAGCAAAGAUUAAAGGAUGGAAGGAAUGGGAACAGGACCAUGUCGUGGAUGAAGAUGCCUUGAAUGAUCCUAGAAGAUUCAGACUUACUCAUGAGACAUCAUUUGUGAGGGAUCACAACAGUUUUUGGACUAAAACACCUGUUUCCUUCUAUUUUGUAUGUUUCUUUAGACAAUUUUUCAGAUCGGUUCGAAGGGCUGAUUACUUGACGAUGCGACAUGGAUUUGUUUCUGUCCAUUUAGCACCUGGAAGUAAAUUUGAUUUUCAAAAAUAUAUCAAAAGGUCAUUAGAAGAUGACUUUAAGGUAGUUGUAGGAAUCAGUCCACUACUUUGGGCAUCAGUGGUGUUAUUUUUGCUUUUAAAUGUCCACGGUUGGCAUGCUGCAUUUUGGGUUUCUUUUCUUCCACUUGUAGUGAUUCUAGCUGUUGGAACAAAGCUUCAAGCAAUUAUAACUCGAAUGGCACUUGACAUACAAGAAAGACAUGCAGUAGUGCAGGGGAUUCCUCUUGUACAAGUUUCUGACAAGAAUUUUUGGUUUGAAUGGCCUCAGUUAGUUCUUUAUCUCCUCCAUUAUGUUCUCUUUCAGAAUGCAUUUGAGCUGACAUUUUUCUGGUGGACAUGGUAUGAAUUUGGUUGGGCAUCUUGCUUUUACGAGGAUGAUAGUUUUAUGAUUGUGAGAGUUGCUCUUGGGUUAGGUGCUCAAUUUGUUUGCAGCUAUAUAACACUUCCUCUCUAUGCAUUAGUGACUCAGAUGGGAUCGACAAUGAAGAGGUCAAUAUUUGAUGAACAAACAUCAAAGGCAUUGAAAAAUUGGCGUAACAAAGCAAUGCAUAAGAAACCAUCAAUCAAACGUCCAACUGAAACAAGAACAUUAGGUAGUCCAAUGGAUGAUGGGUCACCAUUGGAUUCUCCAUUAACAAAUAUAAACACAAGUGCAGAAACAGAAUUGCAGGAACAUGGCACAGCUACCAUACUCACUAGUGUGGAUAAUGACCACUAUGAUAACCGUGACCUUCUAACUGGACCCUGAUUCAUUCACACUUUAUACAUAAAUACAAUAUGUUGAAUCAAUCAAUCAAACUACAAAUGCAGGGCUAUGGUAAUUCAUUAAAUGUAAAUAAUAACCCAUUUGUGCACCUUGGGUUCAAUAGAGUUUGUCUACUAGUAGAAUUAGCAAACUACCCUAAGCCAUUGCAUAUAUAAUUUUGUAGCACCACAGUUCAGAUUAGUUGCUAUAUAUAUGCUUGUAAACUAAUUCAUCAACUAUAAUCCAUAUUGAAUUACACAUUUAUCAAGUUACAUUUUGUUCAUA